GAAAUUUUUCUAUUUUUUUAGAUUACUACUUCCAUCAGACAAGAGCAUAAAGAGCUAUUGGGAAUAUGCUAUCUUAGUUUUUUUACUUUAAGGCAGAGAAAAAAGUACAUUGGUGUUGGGUGAAUAGCUAUUGCUUUGUUCAUUAUCAUUCUGAACGGCCAUCGCCGUUUUUCCAAUCGUGCUCUCUUAAUCUUUAGGUUAUGAGAAGCGCAUGAUACGCAGAACGAAACGUACCACACGCGUAAUCCACGAUCGCAAGCGCAUUAAAACGAAGAUACGCGAAGAUAGUUAUCGAUAACCACGUUCUAUAAGAGAAUCCAUAACCCACGUAGUAUUGAAGUUACUCUUGCAUAUUGCGCAGCGAAUUUCUUAUCAUUAAUAACAGCGAUUCGUCAAGAUCUUUACCUUUUUGUUUUGAUUAUUAUUAUUAUUAUUAUUAUUACUAUUACUGUUCUUAUUUUAAAUUAAUACACCGAUUAAACGAAAAAAAACAAUGUCAGCAUCUCCGAUUGCUAGGCAGGCUACCCAAAGUCAAAAUAUACCUUCGAAGAGGAUUAUUAUCGACGAUCCCAAACAAUUACCAGCAAAUUAUUCAUCCACUCCAGGAGGUACACUUUAUUCCACAACUCCAGGAGGUACUCGUAUCGUUUAUGAACGGGCUUUUUUGAUGAAUUUACGAGACUCACCAAUAUCACGUACUCCUCCGAAUAUACCAUCAAUACCUGUGGAUCUUUUGAAAGUUACGCCAACUAUUUCCACACCUACUAAGAUAUCUCCUGUUAAAGAUGCAUUAACGAUUGAAGAAUCUCCAGAACAAUUUGAAAUGGAUAUGUAAAAUGGAAGAACUUGUAAUCCAAUUAUUGUGGCUCUAAAUGUGUUCAUCUUCUAGCCAUUUAUGGCUGUGCUCAUGAUAAUAUAACUACCAACAUUUAAAUUGUGCGAUUGAUUCUUAGGAUACAUUAUAAAUAAUGUUAUUUUAAAAUAUCUUGUUGUAGAUCGUAAAUCUUGAUAAGUAACAAUGUUUAUUAAUAAACUAAUGAAUAUGAGAAGUAUUGAAUAUUUGCAAUAAGUAAAAUAUUUUGUAAUACAUUUAUAAAGUGCAAAAUUAUAUAAGAAAAAAUGAUAAUAGCGAUUAAUAACGGUAACUAUGAUAAUGCUCUAUUUCAAAAUUCUAUCGAUAUUAUUUUAUAUCCUGAAUCUUUAGAAUUUCAAUGAAUAAAUAAUAUUUUUAAC